AUGUUUAGAGCUGAAUUGAAAGAGGAAUUACUCCAUGGGUUGGAAGCUAAGUAUAGCUUGAAUGAGGAAAAAUUGAAAGGGACACAAAUUCUGGACUUGAAACUUAUCAAGGAAAUGAAUGAUGAAGAAUUCAUAAAGGCAUGGUCUGAGUUCUUGCAAAGCUUAAAAGUGGAAGAUGAUUUUUACGAGAAGAAUGGUGUUAAAUUGCAAGAUAUGACAGAUGAUGAAUUGAAAAGUGUGUUGCUUGAAAGCUUGGAAGACAAGAGGUACUUACUUAUCAUGGACGACAUCUGGAAAACUGACGUAUGGAAUGAGGUAAGUACUGUCUUUCCGAAUAACUCAAAUGGGAGUAGAAUAUUGAUCACUAGCCGAAUGAAAGAAGUAUCAUUACAUGCAAGUAGUGUUAAUAAUAGUGUUCGUCCUAUUCCCCCUUAUGAACUCCCACUUCUUGAAGAAGAUAAAAGUUGGGAACUCUUCUCUAAAAAGGUGUUUUGGGGAGGUGCCUGUCCUCCAGAACUAGAAACUCUAGGUAGACAACUUGUGAAAAGUUGCCAUGGAUUACCACUUGCUAUUGUGGUAUUGGGAGGUCUUUUGGCAUCCGAGGGAUUCAUAUGGCAAAGUGGGAACAGAAAUAUAGAGGAUGUUGCUGAAGACUAUUUGGAGGAUCUCAUUGAUCGAAGCUUGAUUCAAGUGGCAACAAAAAGGCAAAUCUCGCAGAAUUUCCAUCCACUAUGGCAACAAUCCAUACAUUCUUCUGGCCCUUGUAAGCCUUCAAAUAGUCGUUCUAUAAUAGGCUUCGGGGGUGGUGUUGAGCUCAAGAGUCCUCCUGAUAAUUGCUACUUGGAAUGGAUUUGCAAAAGUAACAAUUUGGUUCGGGUGGUAGAGCUCAGUAAUAUGGGCAUUUGUUGCUUAAUCCCCAAGGGGAUUGAAAAGCUGGUCCUUUUGAGGUACUUAAGCAUCGCAUCUGGUAAGCUUCAUGUCAUUCCAGAUUCCAUAUGCAACCUUUGGAAUCUAGAGACGUUGGACAUGAGAAAUUCUACAGUGGAAACAAAAUGCUUGCCCAAGUGGAUAUGGAAGUUACAAAGAUUAAGACAUUUGUACCUGGAUGGGCCAACAUCUCUACCUAGAACUAAAAAAAAUACAACGGCUUUACCCAAUCUUCAAGUCCUUACUGGUAUAGCUAUAAAUGAAGAAGACACUGAGAGUCACUUUGCCAAGGCCAGAUUUCCUAAUCUAAGAAAAUUAGGAUUGUAUUCUUCAAGAUUGGUAGAGUCAGGGAUUUUGUCAAGCCUCCUUCCCUUGUGUCAUCUACAAACUUUGAAGAUUUAUAAUCUUAAUGAGAUUUCAUCAAGUCCUACUUCAAUUUUGUUGACCCUCACAAAAAUAACUUUAGUAGAUUCAGCCUUCAUGGGAGUGUUGGGUAGCCUUCCCAAACUUCGAAUACUCAAAGUAAUUGGAAGAGCUGCCGCUGACUAUGAAUUCAUCAGUAAUGUCCUCAUAUGCGAUGAAAGAAGUUUUCAGCGACUUGAAGUCUUUAAAAUGGCAAGUCUGACCCUUUUUGAAUGGAAAUUGGGGCAAGGUGCAAUGCCAAACCUUCAACGUUUGGUCAUCGAAAGGACCUUUUGUAUGCUCCCGGACGAACUAUGGUGCUUGAGUGCCUUGCGGGAUGUGGAAGUUUUACAUCCCGAUCCAGAAUUGGCAAGGAGGCUUCGACAGUUGCAGAUGAGGGAAGGAUGUAAGCUCCAUGUCUAUCCAAAUAAUUGA